AUGUCUUCAUUCGCCCUCCCGUGCGGCCGUCGCAUGGCCUACGCUCUGUCGCAGCCGACAACGUCCAAGCCGGUGGUGCUGCUGUCCAACUCGCUCUGCGAGGACUACACGUCAUGGGAUCGCGUGGUGCCCGUGCUCGAGACGCUCGGUCUCCGCACGCUGCGCUACGACCAGCCGGGCCACGGCCGCUCGCCGGCACCGGCGGCCGACCAGAUUGCCGCCACGACAUUCGAGACCCUGGCCGACGACGUGGCCCAGCUGCUGAAGCAUCUGCACAUCGGCCGCCUGCAUGCCUGGGUCGGCGUGUCCAUGGGCGGCAUCAAGGGCGUCUACUUUGCGGCGCGCCACCCGGGCGUCGUGCAGAAGCUUGUCGUCGCCGACGCCAUUGCGGCCUCGCCGACGGUGGCGGGCGCCCCCGUGGACGUGUUUGCCGACCGCGUGGCCGCGGCCAAGACGGCCGGCAGCAUGGCGACGGACCUCGACAACGUCGGCAGGCGCUGGUUUGGCGACGCGUGGCUGGCGGCCCACCCCGCGGAGGCCCGGCGGAUGCGCGCGUCCAUGGACACGACCACCCUCGAGGGUCUGGAGGCAUGCUGUGCCGCGCUGAGCAGCCCGUCGUUUGACCUGCGGCCUCUGUAUCCGUCCGUCGGGAAAGGCGCCGACGCGGCACUGAUUGUUGUCUGCGAAAAGGACGCCGACCUGCCGGUCAAGAUGCAAGACAUGCGGGCGGCCAUCGAGACGAGCCUUGCGGCCAGCGGAAAGACGACACCCGUGGCACUGGAGAUUGUUGCCGAUGCAGGACAUGUGCCGUAUGUGGACGGCUUUGACCAGUUUUGCGAGAUUCUCAAGACGUUUUUGUGA